UUGUCUCCAUUUUCUCUCUGGGUUACUGAGAAGAAGGAACGCAGUCCUAUUCGCCGGAGAUUGGAAGGCUGAAACCCUAAAUUUGAUCGGAGAAUGGAAGGAUGUUGCCAUGCGGGGACGGGACAAUUGGUGCCGGAGAAGCAGGGGAAGGUGGUUGGGGACCACUGCAUCGUCGAAGAGCUCCUGGAUUUCUCCAAUGAGGCAGAAGGGGAUACGGAGAUGGCCGCCGAGGAAGACGGGGUGUCGGAGGAGACGGGAGGAAAUUGCUCCGCCGACAGCUGUGCAAAUUCCUCCUCUGGCGGCGGAGGUGCCUCUCACACUCGCUUCGCCGACGAACUUGUCUGCCGGAGCCUCGCCGACGUCGGGCUCUCCGGCGACCUCUGUGAACCGUAUGAGGAGCUUGCAGAGCUCGAAUGGCUAUCAAAGUUCGUGGAGGAUUCCUUCUCCAGCGACGAACCCCAUAAACAGCAGCUCAUUUCCGGCCUCAAAUCCACCUCCUCUCAACCAACUCACGGAACAAAUUCCCACUUCCCCACCGCCAACGACGCCGCCCACGAGCCGCCGCCGUUCACCACCGAUGCUCCAGUUCCCGGCAAAGCCCGGACCAAGCGCGCCCGAACGGCUCCCUGCAGCUGGUCUUCACGGCUCCUCCUUGUCUCUCUAUCGAGCGAGAAGAAGAAGUCGCCGUUUCCGGCGGCUCUGUCGCCGUCUCCUGACGGCCGGAAAUGCCUUCACUGCGCCGCCGAAAGGACGCCACAGUGGCGAACCGGACCCAUGGGGCCGAAAACCCUGUGCAAUGCCUGCGGCGUCCGGUUCAAAUCCGGCCGUCUCGUGCCGGAGUAUCGACCGGCUGCGAGCCCCACCUUUGUGCUCUCCAAGCACUCGAACUCCCAUCGAAAGGUUCUUGAGCUUCGCCGACAGAAGGAGACUCAGGACCAGCAGCCGCAGCAGUUUUUAACUGUUCAUAACAGGGCGGCGGCGGCCGGAGAUGAGUUCCUGAUUCAGCACCGGCUUCUAGAGGACGGCCGGCGGGUUUUCUAAUGGGUGGAUUUCAGGAUUAUUAAUAAUUUUAGAAGUUGAUUAGUCUGAUAAAUCAGAAUUAGUGGGUCUGAGGAAGCAUUGUAUUGUCUUCUUCUGCUUUAAUCUUUUUUUCACUAACUUUUUUUAUUUUUUAUUAUUUUUUUCAGUUCAUUAAUUAAGGAGAGUUAAUCUCAAA